GUCUUUUGCUUGUGUCGUUGUUACCCGUAAAUCACACCUCUGUCUUGUCGUCAACGAUCUUACGCGACGUCUGUCUUUGAGAAAUGAUGUGUGGCGACUUGUUCGACGUGGCUUUCUUCAGCUAGCUUAAAGUCAGUGUGUGUUUACCAGGACGGGGGACGACGCACUCCAUUGAAUAUCUGACCGUUUUUACGUUUCUCUUGAUCGACAACAUAAUAAACACUGCACGGAACUCGAGUGCCCACUUAUUCUCCAUCCGUUGGGGGGGGGCAGUGUUCAACGUGACUUAUUUACAACUCACCCAAGCAAUCGCAGCGUGCAAGCGUUUGUAACGCGAGAUGGAGCAGUGCCUCUCCGUCAAAGAAAGCCAGUUUCAUUGGUUGGUGAUCGCGGAGGCAUCAAGAAAGAAUAAAGUCUCCCUGAGGGGCGGGGGGGGGGGGGCUUCUCAACAACUAGCUGUAUUUGUGUAACAAAAGAAAGCCACCAUCCUUCACGCCAUGGAGAAUGCAAAAGCUAGAAAGAAAUGUCGGCAGAUGAUAAUUGCCAAUGCCAAGAGGAAAAGAACGGACAACCACCCAGAACCACUGGGUACAAAUAAACUGGUGAAGAGACCAAAAUCGAGCGACACAAGACGGGAAAGUCAAAGCGCUCUGAACUUAGAAAGCAGGUCCACUGGCGCAUCUAAACCUGGACUUUGUGUCUCUGAACCCAAACCCGCUGACCACCACAGCUUAGUCACAGCCCUCAGAGACCGCUGGGAGGUGGACAGCGGUUUCUCCUCGGAGACCAGUCCUCCGGUCAGCGGUCGAAGUUCCCCGUGCCUCGGCUCGUGCCCGACCACGGUGGUGGCGUUGGAUUGUGAGAUGGUGGGGACGGGGCCGGGCGGCCGCUGCAGCGAACUGGCCCGCUGCAGCAUCCUGGACUAUCGUGGCCACGUGCUGUAUGACAAAUACGUCCGACCGUGUCUGCCCGUCACGGACUACAGGACCCGCUGGAGUGGCAUCCGGAGGCAUCAUCUGCACAACGCCACGCCCUUCGUCCAGGCCAGGGAGGAGAUCAUAAGUAUACUAGAGGGCAAAGUGAUCGUGGGCCACUCCAUCUACAACGACUUUGACGCGCUGGACGUACUCCAUCCGUGUCACAUGGUCAGGGACACGAGCACCGCGCGUCUCCUCAGCCGGUUGGCUGGUUUUCCAGGCGAACGCUGCCCGGCGCUCAAGAUCUUGGCCUGUAAACUGCUGAACAGGAGGAUACAGGUGGGGAGGAACGGCCACUGUUCGGUGGAGGACGCCCGGGCCGCCCUCGACCUCUACAAGCUGGUCGAGGGCGAGUGGGAGCGGGAGCUGCAGAGCAAGCUGAGGGACGACGACGCUCCACAGGAGCCCAGCUUCGCCUCCUCCAGCCACUACAUGCAGGACGAGUACUGGCCCGAUGACGUCGCGGCUGACGGCCAAUGAGAGGACGGUAUUCACUGUAGCAUUUAGUGGGAAACGCCUCGACGUGCCAAUGUAAUGGCGAUGCUCUUAGCGAUCAGAGGAGAUUCAGAUAAAUAUAAAUAAUUUGAAUGAAACACUCAAGUUUGAUGUUUCAAGUCUGGGGAGUUGAAAUUAUCUAUAUAGUUUAAUGUGAGAAGAUGUGGUGUAUAACUUAUGGGAAAACUACUGUCGUGCUUGAAAAAAAAAAACACUUGUUAACUUAUUAUUUUCAAACAUGUCAAAUAUGGUUGCUCUUCCUAACAGCAUAUUUUUGCUGUGAUACCAGAUAUUUGCUUGCAGAAUCGAAAAAUCUUGGUGCUGAGUUUUAUUAGAGUCUCUGUUGUUACUUGAAAAGUUAAUUCUUACCAAAAACAGGAAAUGAGACUCAUCCACAAAUGGCAUAAGUUGCAGCUUUUGAGAUGUUUUUUUUCUCUAUACAAGGGAAAAGGGAAAAAAAUUUAAUGUAAAAAAAACAUUUGAAUUAUCAAGUGUUGUCUACCUCCUUGUUGCUGCUCUUAAAUCUUCUAAUAAAAUGGCAUCAUGUUAAAAUAAAA